UACAACCACAGACAGUGCUUCGGAUCAACACAAUUGAAGUUGCUCCCAGAUUGACAUGAUGCUAUAUGUUUUGAAUUGUAAAUAAACGUUUGGUCAGUGAAUGUGGCACUGAAAUUGAGAACACGUGCUCAGUAUGAAAAUAUAAUGGGAAAACUUAUUUAUACACAACAUUUGGUAACUUUAAAGUUACUCUUUGUAAAUGUACCUUUUUUAUGUAGGCAGAUGUGCUUAUAUUGUACAUCUACAACAAUCUGUCAUAGGUCAAUUAUUUAUGAAUCUGUUAUGAAAUAGGUGAAAUGCAGGCACAGUUUCUCGCCUAUAUGACAAAUAGCCAUAUGAUAUGUUGCGGAGUUGAGAAACCUAGCUUGAAGACAGAAAAGAAGGAAACCUUGAGGUAUUCCAGCCUGGUCUCAUAUGCUAGACAUAAUAUAGUAAACGAACAUCUGAGACAACGUUUUCACACUUGGUCCCUUUCAGACAGUGUUUGUGAACUCAAUGUGGUUUAUUUAAUUUUGUUUUGUGCAGUGUGAACACUCCAAAAGAACUCAGACCCCUCAAAAGAGCCCCGAAGAGAUCCGAACUGGUCUGACUUCGCUUUGCUUGAAUUUUGUGUCUGGUUCCAUUUUUUUAGGACAAUGAACACCAAGCUCUCCAAAUUCGCUUGUCAUUCCUGCACCACACACUAGACUACUGCAACACUGUUUUCCCUGCCAUAAACCCUCACGUUGGUGUCACAAAAGACAAGACAAGAUGAGGAUGUGCAUGUUCGUGGGGAAAAACUGCUGUUUUAGGAUAUUGACUAGCGAUUGUCAAGGACUUUAAUUUUUGUUGAGAUAGAAAAAAAAACUAUAUGUGGUCUAUAGGCUAAGAGAGCUUCAUAAGCUGUUUAUUGAUUUUGGAGAUUGAAUAAUGUGAGAAGACAACAUAUUUGGUGAAAAUCACACCAUAGGGUAGGCAAUCUGUUCUUGCUCUUAAAAGGGCAGUAGCCUACCUUGGGUGUAAAAUUUUCAAUGACAGCAUUAUUCUGUAGUUACUCUAUUGCUAUGUAUUAUGUUACCAAUCAAAUUUACAUGUUAAUAGUAUCUUCUGAUUAUAAUUAAUGUCUAAUUUUUUAACUAAAUGCAAUCUAUUAGCUUCUAAAAUGUAAGUAGUUAUAUCUAGCUGUCCAGGAACACAUUUGGAUAAAAUGGCUUGUCCUGCACUUUGUAAAAACCCAGAGUGCAUGUUGGAAAAAGAUCUUGGUUCCUUUCUAAACAUAGCAAUGUGAAUGCAAAGAGGACUUGGCCCACAAAUAGAUGACGUGAACUGGCAAAAUAUUUGAGUCCUCAUUGAAAGGUCGGUUGUUACUGUCUUCGGAGGGUGAUUGGGCAGAGUGGACGUCUAGUAACCCAAAUGUUGCGUGUCUGAAUGUCAUCACGAGCAACAUUAGCAUUUUAGCUAAUUAGCAACUUUGCAACUACUUAGUAUGUUAGGUUAAAUUGUUAAGGUUAGCUAACCAUACGAAUUCUAAUACCUAACAUAUAAUAAAUGGAUAAUGGACAUCCACAAAUUAAUACAUACCAUACAUAACUUAUCAUACUAAUUUGAGGGCCAGGCUUUUUGUUUACUAUGUUACGUCUACCCCCUGAGUCCAGGUUGCUAUUCAGGAGUGUGGGUGCUGGUACAAUCUCGUAGAGCUCGGGGAACGCAUCGAAUAUGAAUUGGAAACUUUUUAUGGUUGCAUGUUGAAUUUGAUGACUAAUUUAACAACAUCCAAUGGAUAAAGAAACCAUGUCCACCAAUUUUGGUCUAUCAAGAACUUUGAAAAGGACAGGCAGUUUGUCAUCGAGAACGGUCAGGAUAGUGAUAUUGGGCCAAGCGGCUGUUGGCAAAACUGCAAUGGCUGUGCGCUUUAUCACUAGAAGAUUCAUUGGCGAGUAUGACCCAACGCUCGAGACCAUAUACAGACAUGAGAUGUCUAUUGGUGGUGAUGUGGUACACUUUGAAAUACUGGACACAGCAGGGCAGGAGGAAGAUGCCCUGCUGAUCGAAGAGAAGAUAAAGUGGGGAGAUGGAUUUGUGAUUGUGUACUCUGUAACAGACAGGUGUAGCUUUGACGAGGUCAUGCGCCUCUGUUUCCUCGUCAAUCACAUCCACUCCUCUUCAGGCGCCCGCAAGUGCAGCCCUGAGCCUCCUCCCAUAGUUAUUGUGGCCAACAAGAAGGACCUUGAGUUUGACCGAAUGGUGAGUACUGAGGAUGGAGAAGGCCUGUCACAGGGCCUAAAACUGCCCUUCCACGAGAUUUCAGUGCGUGACGGAUGGGAAGAGACAGCGGCCGUCUUUAGUGUUCUUUAUGGAGAUGUGAUCCAGCAACUUGACACUUCCCCAGCCUCAUUUCGCAGGAGAGCAGUUUCCAAGCUGAUGGAGAAGAUCCCCAGGAUCAACUCCAAUCCUCCUGGCCCCUCUGGCCGCAGCUUCAGCUUCAGCUCAUUCAGGGACUUCCUGCCUGACUGAGCCGGAUGGGUUGGGGCUCUGAACAGCGUCUGUGAUUUGGGUAUUCACAGGGGGAAAGUGAAACAUGUUGUUUUGGCAGCGUGCCUCUCUAGAAUAGCUGUGUUAGUGCUCUAUGGAAAGUGAUACACUUGGACACCUGGAUACCUGGAUAAGAGACUUGGACACAUUCGAUCAGAAGAUGGACCUAGCAACUACUGUAGAAUGUAAUUCUAUAAAUAUUUGUGGGGAUAAGAUUAAAAUCAAGCGUAAUAAGAGUAUUACAAUUCUGUUUGUAUUUUGAUGAGACAUGAACAACAAACUAAAUAUCAAAAACAUCUAGUAAUAAAAUGUAAAUAUUUGUUACAGUAUCAUGAGAAUAAAAUGAACAUUCUGCA